CGACAGCUCUAAUGGAAGUCAUGCAAGGCAGUUGUGUUGGUCUUGUUCAUUUCCCCACCGAUGCUGCCUGUAACAUUCCUAUUUUGAUACUGACGUACUCCCAAUGCAAAUCCGAGUUCAAUGGGUUUAUCCCCAACGACCAGGCUGGAUUCAUCAAAAAGUACCAGCUGCUCAUGAAGAAACAAACCAAGAUAAAUGGCUUGUACGGGGCGCGACAUCACAUGGGCGGUUGGCCAGGCAUUCCUAACGGGGUAAAAUGCUGCAGCAACAGCAACGACUGCAGCAACAGCAAUGACAGCAGCAGCAGCAACAGCAGCAGCGACAGCAAUGACAACAGCAUCAGCAGCGACAUCAGCAACAGCGACAGCAACAGCCAGCUGUCAAUCGACAGCAACAGCUCCACCUCCAACAACCCGAGCAACCAAUUAUGAUGCAGCAACAACAACAGCCAGUCUUGUCGUCGAGUACACAAGUCCUUUCACAAGUCCAUCACAAGUAACAGAGGAUGAACUAUUACACAGGAAUGCUGUUGCCACAUAUCAUUUGAAUAGUUCGACAUGAGAGGACUUGUAAUGGACUUUACUAAACGCCGUAGAAGGUUAUGUCUUACACCGCCAAGGUCACGCGUUGCCCUGGGUGAUGUGUCCAAACAAACCUGGCCUUACAUAGCGAUUGCACGGUGCCCCGUUUUUCAUCAACUUUUUAUCCCUUGGAACGAAAAAUAACGGCAUCCGUCAUGUUCUGAUUGAGGACUACAGUCAGCUACGAAGCGCUAUCCUAUUGCCUAAUUUCAUUUAUUCUUAAUGUCUGAGAAAUUCAAAUUAGGUUUGCCCUUCACCGACGUUUUUAA